AUGGUUUCAGGAGAUGCUCUCGACAUGAUCUCGACUCUUUCGGACAUUCUUCUUGUCCUAAUCAUUUCCAAUCUGACGUUCAAGGAAGCUCUCAGGACCAGCGUUUUAUCUAAACGUUGGAGAAAUAUUUGCCGAGAGACGAGAAACGUCUCAUUUCAAGAGGCUGUGAUCACUCAAACCUAUCCAGCGUGGGUUGAUGAAGAUACGAAACGAGAGGCAUUUGUAGGUUACACCUUGCAUUGGGUUUCCAUGUUCACGGGUGGGAUCGUUGAUACGUUCGAACUCUCCUUUCAUAGGCCGAUUGGUUAUGAAGCGGAGAUGAGGACUCUCAUAGAUUUCGCAGCCGCUACGAAAGUCAAGAAUCUCGUUCUUGAUUUCUCAGACCGGCUUUGGGUGAACAGAGAUGAAGUAGAAGCAUCAUUUGAAUCUACCAUGAUUCAAAUGCCGGAGAGCUUUUACCGAUUAACCGGCCUGGUGAAGCUCAAGUUACUCGCAUGCCGGUUUGAUGCAUCGAGGCUUGCCGUUGCGGGUUCUGUGGAGUUCCUCUACUUCGGGUGGAUGCCGCUUGCCAUGAUCACGUCUUUGCUACCAAAGGCACCUCUUCUGGAGUGUCUACAGAUUAAAAAUUGCUGGAACGUUGGUCUCGGAGCAAUAACCGGAGUUAACAACCGGUUGAUCAAACUGGUGUUCAAGAACUGUGUCUUCGCAGUGCAGGGUACUUCACUCGACCUGCCAAGCAUUCUCAUCUUCAAGUAUGCUGGCAAUGUUCAUUCCUUUACGUUGAGGAACGUAAACAAAGAAAUGGAUGAAGUGUCGCUCGACUUUGGGCGGCUGAGCCAAUUCCAAGCUGGCUUAGGAACACAUUUUUGUGACCUCCUUUGCAGUUUGGUUAGUGCCAAGACAGUAACCGUCUGUCCUUUCCUCAUUCAAGUGAUCCAGGACAAUGUCAACCCGCUUCGCCUUAGAGCAGAUAUGAAAACGACGAGAUUGGUGCUGAUGACCACUCUCGAACCACGUGAGUUCGUCGGAAUCAGGUUCAUGAUCAACAGCUGUCCAUAUCUGGAGACGCUGACUUUUCAGCUCGUUGUUAGAACCGCUGUCCGAAUGGUGCGAGUGCCGAUCGAUGCAAACGGAUAUUGGAGGGUUGGAAUUUUUCACCCGUGUUUCAAGAAUACACUCAAAUAUUUAGAAGUCUGGAACUUCUGUGGAGAUUUUUAUGAGUUGCAGCUCCUUAAGAAUCUGAUUCGCGUUUGUCGUGUGCUGGAACGGGUGGACUUGUAUGCACCCAUGGGACUUGCCGUGGAUCGACUUGACCGUAUCCGUGCAAAAGCCGACUUUGUGAGGGAAACAUUCAGGGCCAGUUCGGCGGAUUUGUCUAUCCAUCUGUACUAA